UUUUGUGGGUUUAGAGAUGUAUUUAAAAAAAAAUUGGCCUUCAUGGUGCUUUCUUUUGGUACUGACGACUCUAAAGACCGAAGCUGCAGACGAUGACUACAAUAUUUUGCACAGAGACGGAUCGUUUGAAUUCGGGUAUGAUAACCCAAAUUCUUAUCAUCAUGCUGCUGGUAAUCGAAACAACGUGGUUCGAGGGGAAUUUGGGGGUAGAAAUCCUGGAACGGGAAGGAUAGACUCGACUCAAUAUACUGCAGGGCCCAGGGGUUAUAGGCCUAGGGGUAAAAAUGUGCACAGGAAAUUUGAUCUCAACCAAAAUGGCCCAAGACCAGUAGGGUCAAGGGAUGAUCCCUAUUUUGACCCCUACGAAGACCCAAGUUAUAGUUUUGAAUUUAAAACAAGAACUUACAACAGACAGGAAAGUGCCAAUAGGGUUGGGGAUGUUAAUGGGAGAUAUAAUUUUAUUGAUGAUGUUGGGGAAAUUCACAAUGUUGAGUAUAUAGCAGGGAAAAAUACCGGAUUUCAUGUCAAAACUCCGUACCCCGAUUCCAACCCCCGAGCUUAUUAUGGCCGUUUGUACUACAGAGGGAGGGGAAAACCUAUUCCAAGAGGGAGAACUUCCAUACAAAGAGGUCUAGAUGGGAGCUACAGAUUUGUUUCAGCUGGACCUGAUCAAAGAAGAACAGAAACAAGUGAUUCCUCAGGUCAUGUUCGUGGUUCGUACACUUAUCUCGAUGAUAAAGGGGUUCAACACUCUGUACAUUACAUUGCCGGUCCUGAAACCGGUUACAGGGUCCUUAAAAAUGUCAAAGGACCUCAUCUACCAACAAUUUAUCCAUUUGGUCGACCUGAAAUCAUCCCUCCUGACUUUUACGACUACAUCAAAGACGACGUUUUUGACACUGCAGCUAGCGGUCCUAUCAACAACAUUGGGGGUGGUUCCAGGCCAAAUAAAGAAAAACCACCUUCUGGGGGUAGCGGCGAUUUUGGGGGCGAUUUGGGUAAACCGGGAGAAGACAAGGGACCUUCAAGCGAAAGCAGUGAAAAUAAUGGUGACUCUUUCGGGGCACCAAGUUCGGAAAGACCAGCAACAGGGGGAGGUUUAAGACCUCCAGUCGGAGGUACUCGGCCACCAAGACCCCCAGUUGGGGGAGAUUAUGACGAUGGUAGUGGAGGAGAUGACGAUUUCGAAGGUGAAUUAUUUGGCCCUUCUGCUGGUGCGUCUAAACCUAAACCGUCACGACCUACAAAACCAUCAAGGCCUUUUGGUGGUACCAGUGGAGGAGGUGCUAGACCUCCUUUCGGUGGUGCAAGUGGAGGUGAAAGUGUUAGACCUCCUCCAAGACCUGACGAUGGUUCCUACAAGCCCGAAUUUGGCGACACUGGUGAUGAUGGUACUUACAUACCACCAGGAGAUGUGAAUCAGGAUGAUGGGAGUUACAAACCUGGUUUAGAUGAGUCCGAGGCUCCUCGACCGGGACUUGGAGGAGGAGGAGGAGGGUCUUCCAGUCCGCCAACUCGACCUCCCGGUGGAGAUUCCUACGAUUAUGACGAUUCCAAUGGUCUGUUUGGUAGCGAGUCCAACUCGCGACCGCCUCUUGGGGGUGGAGGAAGGCCUCCAGUCAUACAAAUUCAAGGUGGUACUAAUGAAGGGCCAUGCGAGCGGUGUCAGGGUACCAUCGUGACAAAUGUUGGAGAUAAGCUUUUUUCGGUACCUCCGGGAGUUUCUGUGAGGGCUCAUGUUCAGUCAAUCGAUCUGUUACCAUUGGUGUCUAAGGUUCCUUCUCCCAGUGAGCAAUACAAUGAAGAAAUGAGUAUAAAAACUGACCAAUUGAAUUCAGCUGCUAGUGAUUUGGUUAGUAGUAACAGUACUGUAACUGUUACAGAAAGUAGUAAAUUAACAACGACGGUAACGGCGACUGUACCGACAACUACAGUCGCAGGUACUGAAGCAACAACUAUUAACGAAUAAUUUAUUUAAAUAAUUAUAUUUUUGUAAUAUAUUGUAUAAGUAUCUGAUUACUAAUAAAGUUAUUUUUUAAAUUAAUUAA